GGGACCUGGGCCCCUCCCGUCCCUCUAGACCCCUCUCCCCUCCCUGGGCUCAGCUGGAAGCAGCUGGAACUGCUGCGGAGGGAUGAGGUGGGAAGGAAGAUUACAAAACGGAAGGAGUAUGAGGAGAGAGUAGAAAGAGCCUGGUCCCAUGCUUGCCGAGACUGUCUGUGUGGCCUGGGCUGAGCCCGUCCCAGUCCCGGCCUCAGUAUCCCCAUCUGUGCACAGAGGAGGUUGGUCUGGUGGUCCCUGCUGAUGGGACUGGCCAAGGGCAAGAGAUCCUCAGACUCCCGAACCCUCCCUCUAGCUCCAGACUUUUCCACCACGCAGGUGGGAGUUUGGGUAAAUCUUUAACUAGCUGGCCCUGGGCAGGUCGAGCCUUUCCGGAUGGAUGAUUGCCUGGGGAAGGGGGGCGAUGAGAGUGGGGGAUGUAAGUGUGUAUAGCCAGUCCCAGUGUGAAGGGGGAGGGUACUGGGGAGGGAAAAGAACCAGACUCGGGCGGAGCUAACUCUGUGUGCAAAGCAGGACAUGGAGGAACGAGGGUCGCCGGACGGGGACCCCGCGCGGAACCUGGAGCAGGGCCCGGAGGGGCCAGAAACGCCCAUCCAGGUGGUGCUCAGGGUGCGUCCCAUGAGCGCUGCCGAGCUUCGUCGAGGGGAGCAGAGCGUGCUGCACUGCUCAGGGACCCGGACUCUGCAGGUGAGCCCCCCGGGCGGGGGCCCAGACGUGGCUUUCCGCUUCGGCGCGGUGCUGGACGGAGCGAGCACCCAAGAUGACGUGUUCCGCGCGUGCGGCGUGCGGCGUCUGGGCGAGCUGGCGCUGCGCGGCUUCUCCUGCACCGUCUUCACCUUCGGCCAGACCGGCUCCGGGAAGACCUACACCCUGACCGGACCUCCUCCCCAGCCCAGCCCCGGGCUUGGCUGUUUCCGCUCCCAGGGAGAGGGGCUGCCUGUGCCCCCCGGCCUGGCUGGCAUCGUGCAGAGGACCUUCACCUGGUUGUUAGACCGCGUGCAGCACCUGGAUGUUCCUGUCACUCUCCAGGCUUCUUACCUGGAGAUCUACAAUGAGCAGGUUCGGGACUUGCUGAGUCUGGGGGCUCCCCGGCCCCUCCCUGUUCGCUGGAACAAGACCCGGGGCUUCUAUGUGGAGCAGCUGCGGGUGGUGGAGUUUGGGAGCCUGGGGGCCCUCAUGGAACUUCUGCAAAUGGGUCUUAGCCGUCGAAGGAGCUCCGCUAACACCCUGAACCAGGCCUCCAGCCGAAGCCAUGCCCUGCUCACACUCUACAUCAGCCACCAAACUCAGAUGCCUCCUGUGGACCCCAGGGAACCCCCUGCCGGGGGGAAGCUGUGCUUUGUAGACCUGGCCGGCAGUGAGAAGGUGGCAGCCACAGGAUCCCGUGGGGAGCUGAUGCUUGAGGCCAACAGCAUCAACCGCAGCCUGCUGGCCCUGGGUCACUGCAUCUCGCUGCUGCUGGACCCACAGCGGAAGCAGAGCCACAUCCCCUUCCGGGACAGCAAACUCACCAAGCUGCUGGCAGAUUCACUGGGGGGUCAUGGGGUCACCCUCAUGGUGGCCUGCGUGUCCCCCUCAGCCCAGUGCCUUCCUGAGACCCUCAGCACCCUGAGAUAUGCCAGCCGAGCUCAGCGGGUCACCACUCGGCCGCAGGCCCCCAGGUCCCCCAAGGCAAAGCCGCCCCAGCACUUGGAGACUGAGCUAUUGCAGCUGCAGGAGGAGAACCGUCACCUGCGGUCCCAGCUGGGCCAAAUGGACCCCAAGGCCUCUGGACUCAGUGGGGCCCGGGUGGCCUGGGCUCAGCGGAACCUCUACGGGAUGCUGCAGGAGUUCAUGCUGGAGAAUGAGAGGCUCAGGAAAGAGAAGAGGCAGCUUCAGAGCAGCCGGGACCUGGCCCACGGUGAGCAGCGCAUCCUGGCCCAGCAGGUCCGCGAGCUGGAGCGGCGUCUCCUCUCUGCCUGCUACCUUCAGCAGCCAGGCCCUGGGCCAGCCCCACCGUGUCCCUGUGUGAUGGUGCCACCUCUUCUGUGCCACGCCCCGCCACCCCUCUGCCCCCGCUGCCAACUCUGCCCGCUGUGCUGUGCGCCGCUGGCCCACUGGGCCUGCCCACGGAGGGAACUCCACCUGCCCCAGAUGUUCAGCUCUAAGGCCCCAGCUGAUGGGCCCCCGUCCGCCCGGCCCCCGCCCUGGGCGCCCCCAUGCUGCCCUAGCUCUGCCAAGUGCUCGAGGGAGAGCUUCCCCCGGCCCAGGAGUCACAGUGAGUGGGCUCAGACCCAGGUUCUGGCUGAGAUGCUGACCGAGGAGAAAGUGAUACCCUCUGCACCCCCCCUGCCCAUGGGGCCUCUGAACACAUCGCCAGUGCUGAGAGGGGGCGGAUUAAGUGGUGAGAGUUCCAUGAUCUUUCUAUUUCUCAAACCUGGAAUUCUCUUCUUGAAGCCACCUGCACUCCCAGACGUAUCCUGGAGCCCGUGGUGUACAUGGAGGUGGGGCUGCAGUUCCAAACCUGGCCCGGAGACUGGAGGCCCUCAGAGACCAGAUCGGCACCUCCCUGCGACGUGGCCGGAGCCAGCCACCCCCUCCCUGAGGGCACUCGGAGUCCUCGCCAGGUCCUCCCGGCCUGCUGCGGGCAGCGUGGGCACCCAGGAGACCAUCACGGGACCUUGGACUGGGCUCUGCACUCCUGGGUCUCAGUCUCUCCAUCUGUUAAAUGGGGUAGCAGCUGCUGCUCCAGCCUGCAGAUGGGCUGGGCAGAGACCAGGUCCUCAGGCCUGGGGGUGGGGGCUGAUGGGGCAAACUGGGGACGCAAAGGGUGGGUGCCACCCCAGACUCGGAGAAAUGAGACUGGAUUCAGGAGAAACCAGGCCAUAGGUGAUGAAAUACAUGAAUAAAGAGAGACAUCA